AUGUGCGCGCUCCCGUCUGCAUGUGCGUGCACGCGCCCCAGUAGAAACAGCUGCUCUCUCCUGAGUUCAAGAUCCAGUGGAUCCUGCGCCAAUGACACCGGCAGAUUACUGGGAACAAACCUUAAGAUCCUCAGGAACAUCAUUCUCCAAGAUGGUGCAGAAUUCACAAAGGUUUGGAGCAAGACUUCCAAGUCCCUCAUCUCCUAUGAAAGUGGACGGAUUUACUUUGAUAAUUACAGGUGUUGUUACAGCAGCCUUCUGCCUGAGCCAAAACAGCUGUAUGAGCUCCCCAAAGCUCCCAAAACAGAGAAGAUCGAAGAUGCUUUAUUAUGCCAGUGCCCUCUAGACAGAGUUCUGCCAAACGCUUCAGACCAAAAAUCAUGUUUGCUGGUCCUGACGGCCCAAAACUGGUUAUGUCGGCUCUCAGCUGACACAGGAGAAACACUAGAGCGGGUCUACCUUUCCUCGCAUUUCAAAUUCAGAUCUUUAGAUUGGGACUCCUCACAGGAGACGUUUUAUGUCAAAUCUGUCCAGAGCAAACAGACGACUCUGGAAAGACAGGCUGGUGUUGAUAAUAGCAUCCUCAUGCGUGUGGCUGUUUUUCAAGUCUUUCCACUGGAGCUUGUAGGAAUGCUGGAAAUAAAUAAAAAAGUGUUUGGUAAGACUGCUAUGGAUGUGCUGCUGUCACAGGGAGUGUUAGCUGUAUCACACAGCUCAAAACACGUCAAACUUUACAGUUUUGAGUACAUUGUUAAUAAGUUUAGAAAAGAGGAGUUGGCUCUGGGGCAGCGGUGUGAGCUGAAAGGAAUCGUGGGAGAAGCUCCAUAUGGUAUUCCAGUCAACAUUCACAUUCAUGAGUGUCCUCCCGUAUUGUUUGAGAUGUCAUACUUUGAGAAUGGAGUUCAGAUCGGAGGUCAUCCCUGGCACUACAUCUACACCCCCAACCACAAGAGACACAGAGGAACCCAUCAUAUCUGCUCUAUCACAGACGGUGCGCUGGCUAAGAACGGCGUCCAGGACAUGAAAUGCGACUCUCUGGAAGCAGACUGGAUCUUUUUCCACCCAGGUGACUCUGGUCGAGUUGUGCAUGCUGGGCCCAGCACAAUAAAUGUUCUUAGGAUCAUGGCCGAAAGCGAAUGUGACUACAAGUAUGAGAUAGUCACAGACUUCUCCAUCACCGCCGCUCGAGACAAUAGAGCUCCUCAGGUGAUCGUGACGUCUUCAGGCCGGGCGGUGAAAAGGAGAUUCCAGCUGUUAGACGAUGACCCUGCGCAGGAGACAUUCAGAAUGGUGAAGUAUGAAGAUGAGCUUGAUCUGUUGGCUGUGGUAGCCAUCACUCACACCGAAGAUGAAGGACAGGCCCAUCUGCAGCUACAUGACAAUAAGACGGGGGUUUUAUUGAAGAGAGUUCCUCUAAAAGAGCCAUGGGAUGUGACCUACAGUCACGAGGUUUACUUCGAUAGAGACACAAUUAUUCACACUGUCCAGGAGAAAAAUAACUCAUUCUGCUGCCAUGUUUAUAAAAUGAAGAGACGAGCUUCGGAUGAAACAUGAGCACAUUUCAUAUUCCUGUAUGGGAUGAUUGGCAAUAAACUACAGUGCAUUUCUCAGAAACAAAACUAAACGUAGUAAGUGCUGUCAAAUGUGAAUAAUCGCAUCAAAAAUACAUUAUUCUUUACUUUAAACAGUACAUGUACAUAUAAAUAAACACACAUACAGGAUAUAUUUUACAUAUAUAUUUAACAUAUAAACAACA